CCAGGUCUGAAACUGGUCUAGUGCAGUCAUGGGGGUGGCUCUGGAACAGUUCUUCAUUUUUGUAGGACUGCUGGUGUGCCUGGUGUACCUGGUGAAGUGGGUGAGAUUCUCCAGAUAUAUUCUCCGGUACUUCUGGAAAGUUUUGCCGAAGUCUUUCUUGAAGUCAAUGGGACAAUGGGCAGUGAUCACUGGAGCAGGAGAUGGGAUUGGGAAAGCUUAUUCAUUUGAGCUAGCAAGACGAGGACUCAACGUUGUGCUCAUCAGCCGGACACUUAAGAAACUACAGGCCGCUGCCGCAGAGAUUGAGUGCACUACAGGGAGCAGUGUGAAGAUAAUACAAGCAGAUUUUACCAAAGACAACAUCUACGAGUAUAUUAGAGAAAAACUUAAAGGCUUGGAAAUUGGAAUUUUAGUCAACAAUGUCGGAAUGCUUCCAAACCUUCUCCCGAGCCACUUCCUCGAUACACCAGAUGAGAUCCAGAAUGUCAUCCAUUGUAACAUCACCUCAGUAGUGAAGAUGACACAGCUAAUUCUGAAACACAUGGAAUCAAGGCAGAAAGGCCUUAUCUUGAACAUUUCUUCCGGGGUGGCCCUCUUUCCCUGGCCUCUCUACUCCAUGUAUUCAGCUUCCAAGGCUUUUGUGUGCACAUUUUCCAAGGCACUGCAAGCAGAAUAUAAAAGGAAAGGAGUCAUCAUCCAGGUGCUGACCCCAUAUGCUGUUUCAACCCCAAUGACGAAGCAUCUACACACCAACAUGGUAACCAAGACUGCUGAUGAGUUUGUUCAAGAAUCACUGAAUUAUGUCACUAUUGGAGACGAAACCUGUGGCUGCCUCACCCACGAACUCUUGCGGAGCUUCCUGAGCCUGGUCCCGUCAUGGGUUUUGUACAGCAGUGCAUUCCAGAAGAAAUACAUGGAGUACCUCAAGCACAAUUCCAACAUCAAAUAGUCCAAGUGAGCUGACA